CAACCUUGGGCACGGAACGGUGCUGCUGCAGGGGCAGUGGGACAGGACUUGCUGCUUGUCAGCUGCCUGGGCCCUCUCCUACCUGCCCCAACAUUCCUGCAGCUCCCGUCCACGCCUCCCCCCCACCUCUAGCUCCUUCCUUCCCUUUCAGCCCCACUUAACCCCUUUUCUCCCUACGUCUACAGGCCAUGGAGGCCUUAAUAGUCAUUGUCUUUCUUGUGCAAACCCUGAUCCAAUACCCACAGCUGGUGAGUGAUGAGCUGGAUGAGGCCACCCGUGUGCGCAUGGAGCUGCGCGCCAAGUUCCUGAACAGGGAGAUGAGUCGGCUGCUGCAGGAGCUGGAGCAGAGCAGCCUGGAGCGCACUGUCAGGGCCUGGGGAGCCCUGCUCUGGGCUGUCUUGCAGCAGGAGAACUUCUGGGCUCUUGCUGGAGUCCUGGGCCUUCUUUUGGCACUGUGGUUUAUCCGCCAGAAAAGGAGCUGUGAGUCUCACAGCAGUGCACCAGGGGAGAAUGCCAGCAGCAACUUGGAGGUGGAGGAAGAUGAAGAAAAAGACAAUGUUGUGGCAAAGAAAGAAGCAAAAAGGGAUGAUGCAAAUGUAGAGGAAGACAGCAAGGAUGGAAAUGCAGAAGAUGGUAGCCGUGGUGACACAAAUAAAGAAAAGGAAUUUGGAAAUGAAGGAAAAGGUGAGACUGAGGAUGAAAAUGAAGAUAAAGUUAUUGGCAAUGAGAAUGUGGAAGAAGACAAUGCUGCUGGAAGAGAAGAAAGAAAAUACGGUGCAAAUGGAGAUGAAGAGCAAGAUAUUGCAAGUAUGCUUUGCAGGAUUAUAGAGGAGCGCAUACGCUGGCCUGUUCUGGACAGAGGUUGCACAGUAACUGACCUGAUAGAUGGCAUCACACGUGCCUUUGGAAACCGCUUCGCAAAUCAUUCCUACCCAGUGCCGCAACGAGCCAUCGGGGUGGGCAGUGCCUUUGAAGGUUGGAGUCCCUGCAAGGAGGAUGUUGUGUACCGUGUCCUUGUACCCCUAAAUCCUCCCACAGGGCAUGCCUUCCACCUGGAGCCAGACACUGCAGGAAAGAUGCCAGGAAAGUACUUCUGUGUCCAUGUGCAGCAGGUCCACAACCCUGAGGAAAAGCUGAGGAGGAAUGAGGAGCUCAGCCUUCUAUACAACCUCUGCACUGGUUCCUACCUAGAUGUGGAGAAAACUACCCAAUGGUUCUACCUUUUGAUGAAAGCAAAUUGGUUGCUUUUGUCUCAGUCCUACCACUGGCACUUAAAGUUGAUUCCCUCCAGCCGCUCCUGUAAAUUCAGCCUGACCAAAGGCGCAGAAAGCUUACAGGUUGAAGUGCUGUUUGGGGUGCAGCGAGGAGACUCAGAUAUCUAUGUGAGCAGCCAGCCCACAGAGGCCCUCUUCACCCCAAGCACAGUGUGGAUGGAGACCUACGCCGUGGCAGAGAUGAAGUUCUUCAGGCACAUUGCCCAGCAGGUUCCACGGGACAGCUGCCACCUCAAAUGCCUGCAGCUCUUGGCCCGUGCUCUGGAGGGCAGAGCCUUUUCCACUUAUAUCCUGAAGACCGUGGUGAUGCACCUCCUGAACACCAUACCCGUGUCCCAGUGGUGCAGGAGGGAUUUCCUGCAGCGGCUGGUGGACAGCUUGGAUUACCUGUGCUGCUCCCUGCAGAAGAAACAACUGUACAGCUUUGUCAUAGGCAACCAGAGAAUCCCAGGGGAGAUCAACCUGCCUCCAGACUUGCGAAAGGUUAAGCCACCCAACCUUUUCUGGCACCUGACACAGGAUCCAGAAGCCCACACAGAGGCCAUGCAAGAGUACCUUUGCCUCCGACAUCGGCUCAAACAACUCCUGCUCGCGUUCGUUGACAGCUAG